AUGGAUGACAUACAGUUUGAAGAGGCUGCCAGGGUUGGACAAAUUAUUACCAUCAAAGCAAAGGUCAACAGAGCAUUCAAAACCAGCAUGGAGGUUGGCAUCAAGGUUGAAGUACAGGAUAUUUUGACUAAAGUUGAAAAAAUUGUGAGUGUGGCAUAUGCAACAUAUGUAGCCAAACCAGUUGGUGCUAAAAAGAUUGAAUUAGAACCUGUAAAGCUUCUGUCUACAGAAGACCACCUGGAGCACACCCUGGCUACUGAGAGAAGAAGAAUCCGACUGGGCUAUGAGCAGGUCUUUCAGAAGCUAAUGCAGGAGAGUAAUAAGGAAGAUACUUCUGAAAUGGAAGAUGCAGUUUCAACUGACCUUACUCAUGUGCAGAGUAUUGAGCUUGUCCAGCCUCCUCAUGCAAACCAUCAUGGAAACACUUUUGGUGGCCAGAUCAUGGCUUGGAUGGAGACAGUAGCAAGUAUUUCAGCAAGCCGUCUUUGUUGUUCGUAUCCCAUCUUGAAAUCAGUCAAUAUGUUUAAAUUCUGGGGACCAUCUGUCGUGGGUGACCGCCUUGUUUUCAAUGCAAUUGUGAACAACACAUUUCAGAACAGUGUGGAGGUUGGUGUCCGUGUUGAGGCUUAUAACUGUGAAGAAUGGAUCAAGGACCAAGCACGGCAUAUUAACAGUGCCUUUCUCAUUUUUAACACUGUAAAUGACAAAGGAGAGCUGCUCACCUUCCCCAGAAUCAAACCUACUACAGAGGAUGGCGUGAGGCGAUACCAUGGAGCCAUUGCCCGGAUGAGAAUUCGACUAGCCAGGAAAUGCAUGCUGUCUGCUGAAGAAGACAAACCUUCUGACCUUUGGGAGACAAGCAACCAGGCAUACGUGAGUUACAGCAACAUAUCUGCCCUGACACACCUGGCAGCAAAACCAGGAUGGGAAGUAACCAGCACACUGGAUGGUAUAAAAAUAUGGAUUCAUGAGGAGGGUGAUACGUUGUCACUCAAAAUUGAAAUGCAAGUGAAGAUACCAUCACAUCUGGCUUUCUCCCUGUUGUCUGACUUCACAUUCCGCCAAGAGUGGGACAAACAUUUCUUAACUUGUGAGGUCCUGCAGGCUGUGAACAAAGACGAGAAAAUAUAUUACAUUACAUCUCCACCGAUGACUGGCCAUAAACCCAGAGACUUUGUGAUUCUUGUGUCUCAAAGGCAACCCUGUAAGCCAAGUGAACCUUACGUGGUAGCUGUAAAGUCAGUUACCCUCACAUCCAUGCCACCUUCUUCAGAAUACUGCAGAAGUCAAGUCCUUUGUGCCGGAUUCCAGAUCUACAGUGACAGCAACAGCUCCUGUACAGUGUGUUACUUUAAUCAAGUGACAUCAGGUGUCAUGCCUUACUUGGCUGCAAAUCUUACUGGCUUAUCAAAAUCCAUUGAAGAUACUGCUUCGGAAUGUAUAAAGUUCUUGGAGCGAAAAGGCAGGAAGUACUGA